AUGAUUUUGGUAUUGGACAAUACAGGAAUGUUCCAAGCAAUACCAGGCCUCUAUCAAAUGACUACAACAAGAAUGGGAUCAUUAUUGCCCGAUUUACUGGCCGAAGUGAUGCCUGGGCCACCACGGGCUGACGAAAGAUUGGAUACACCAAAAGUACCAAGUGAGCAACUAACACCAACGCAAUCUGAUGCAUCGUUGGGUGCAGUUGAUAGUGGACAGGAGGCAGCGUCGCUGGUUGCAGCCUCAUCGGCUGCGGUGAUCACAGCUCGGACUCCGUCACCGUCAGCAUCAUCAGCGAACACCGCCUCAACAACAUUCACUGCAGUCUCACCACCAGCCAUCACGAGCACAUUCCCAACCAGAACCAAUUCGUCACAUUCCGUGCAUUCGACAUCUCCGAUCGCACAGCUAAGCGCUUCGAUCAGCAACAGUCGUGUGCUGAUUGCUCCACCACUCGAAAAGUUUCGUGAACAUUAUCAGCAGCGAUCAGAUGCCGUAAAGAGUGAUGUGAGUCUUCACUCUCAGUCUUCUGAACUCACUCAACAUCAACAAUCACAACAACAGCAGUAUGCGUCCGCAAUUCCUACUGAACCCGUUAAAAUACCUGAACUGGUGCGUCAAUUAGCGUCCAAAGAAGGAGUGAUUAUUCACUCGGGUCCCAGUUCUCCGUUACAAGUUUACAAGCAACACCACUACGGCGCAUCCGUUCAUCCGCAUCCCAGCGGUCAUCCACCAGAAAGCGUCUCACCAAUCGCAAUUCAGCAGCACCAGGCUCAAGCACCGCCACAUUUGGAAUAUCUGUCGCAUAAUAAAUCUCAGGCGAAUCAAUUCGUCGACUACCAAAGUCAAUCGCAGUCACACCAACAAGCUGUUAUCAGCACACCAACAACGAUCAUAAAUCCUCAUCCUUCAACAGGCCAUCUAUAUCAGACAGCUCCACCUCACCUGAUACAGUCACAACAAUUUUAUAUGCACUCAACUCAGCAGUUGCCAAACACCUCACUAACUUCUUCAACGACACCAAUCGUCCCACCCACAACCACAUCACUGCUGUCCAAUUCUUCACCGAUACGAUCAUUCCCGAUUGUUCCGUCGCCAACGAGUGCAUUCUCAGCACCGCAUUCGCAUUCCGACAAUGAUACUUCGAAUUCGAUUGAAAACGUUAACGCAUUCUCACGGUUUCAUGGAAUGCAAGUUCAACAACAGCAAUCAAUAGUGCCACAAAAUGAACAUGUGAUGUCAUCUGUUGUCACCAACACUGAACUAUCAUCUUCACAAUCUCAGCAACACUAUCAGCCCCAGCAGCGUUCAAUGCCAUUCGUUAAUGAGCGUCCAUAA